AGAAUGAUAUUCCCCGAAGAAGAGUUGAAGGAUGCAGAGAGUGGUAUCUUCCGAAAAAAAAGGAGGAAGAGAUGGAUGCAGAUGGCACUCCCAGAAUAAGAGUUAGAAGAGAAGGACGCAUAGUGAAGAAGAAGAGGAAGAGAAAGAUGUAGAGAGUGAUAUCCUUCGAAAAAAUAAGAGGAAGAUAAGAUGCAGAGUAACACUUAAUCUGGACAUGAAUAGCAGGAGUCUGAAAAAGAGAAGAAUGAUGAAGAAAUGCGACACGAGAAGAGGCACGACAAAGGAGAGAGACAGGAGGAGGAUGAAGAAGGUUUUAGACAACGUCAAAAGUAAGUGAGAGAAGACCGAGAUUGGAAAGAGAUAGAGUUGUAAGAAAAAAAAAAAGAAGAAUAAAGAGUAAAAAGACGAAAAGAGGGACGAACUUCAUGCCUAAGGACUCAAAGAAAAUUCCUUGUCUACAGAAAAACAAAUUACUAUUAACUCAAACCAGUAUUUAAGGAAAUGGAGAGGACUCACUCACGUACCACCGCAGAUAUUGAUGCUCAUUGGAAAUUUUUUAUGGAUAAAUACUUAAGAGCAGUGCAAGAGUGCGUACCUAUGAAAAAUCGUCGUCCCACUCAAAACGUUAAGCCUAAGAGGUGGAACACUCAGACAGCUGAAUGCUUGUGCGCCAAGAGGGAUGCCCAUAACAAAUUAAAAUCCUUCAGUAAUAAAGAGGAACGCAGUAGAUUCCUUGAGUUAAGACGUAAAGCAAAGAGGUUAAUCAAACACACCAAAAGGUUCACCGAAUUACAUGUGAACCAGAGUUAAACAAACAAGAAGGAAUUUUAUAGCUCUAUCAGGCAAAACAGAGUGAUUACUUCAACUAUUGGUCCCAUAAUUGAUGAUAAUGGAGAUUACACCGACGACUAAGAAGUAAACAACUUGCUUAAAAAUACUCAACACGACUUCCGAAACAAACGCUCUUGUUUGACGAACCUCUUAGAUUUCUUCUGACAUUGUGAACCAGUAUGAUGAGAGUAAAGCGGUAGAUAUAGUAUAUCUUGAUUUUCAAAACGCCUUCGACAAAGUCCUCCACAAACGUUUACUGAUGAAACUAAAAUCAUACGGUAUCCAAGGCAACGUGAUGAGAUGGGUUAAAAACUGGCUAAACAACCGUAAACAAAAGAUUAGUAAUAAAUGGAAAAGCAUCCAAGUGGACUAACGUAACCAGCGGGGUGGCACAGGGAUCAGUCUUAGGACCUGUUCUCUUCCUUGUUAACAUAAACGACAUAGACGAGGGUGUUACCAGUAUAAUAUCGAAGUUUGCUGAUGACACCAAAAAAGCGAAUUCCAAGAUCUCUAACGAACAAGGAAUAGAAAUGCUAAAAAAAUCUAGAGGAGUUGUCAUAGUGCGGACAAACCUUUCAAAGUGCUUCACAUGGGAUCUAGAAACGAGAAAACAAAGUAUAUUCUAUAUGAUACCCAGCUUAAAAGCGUUGACAGUGAUAUUGAUUUAGGAAUAACAAUACUGAGUAGCUUAAAACCUAGUCGUAAAAAAAGUAGAAAAUAACUAACUAGCUUAAUCGUCAGAUCUUUUUAGUAUAAAUCUAAGGAUACAAUCCUCACUUUAUAUUAUUCUUUAGCCUGUCCCUUUCCGGAAUAUUGCGUUCAGGCAUGGUGCCCUAUUACCGGAAAGACAUCGAUAAAUUAGAAAGAGCUCAUCGUAGAGUAACAAAAAUUAUUCUAAGCCUAAGAAACAAAUCAUACGAAGAGCGUCUUAAAGAGUUUAAUCUAUUUCUAUUAACAAAAAUAUGACUGAUAGGCGACUUAAUACAGGUGAUUAAAAUAAUUAAAGGCAUUGAUAACGUGCACUGCAGUAAAGAUUUCACGAUGCACUCUUAAGAUUACACGCGAGGAAACAGUUGCAAAAUUGUUAGGAAAUCCUUCAAAUCUUAUGAAUCAAAAUAUAUAUUUUUUUCCGAGUAGUAAAUGUAUGGAAUGGGCUUCAUCGAGACGUGAUAGACUGCAAUAGCACAGAGACUUUUAAACGCCAUCUUGAAAAAAAUUUUUGCCUGCGAUCAGCGGCUAAGAGCGUUUGUUUGUUAGUGAUUAAUUUCCUUGCCUUCAGGAAAUGGGGGCACCUCAUUUCAUCUAUUUUCUUUCUUUACUUUAAAAUUUACUUACUUACUUACUUACUUACUUAAAACUUACUCUAACUCCGUACGGUAUUUCCUUUCGACCUGUUUUCCUGUACGGCUUAUGCCAGAGAGAAUGGAGAGUGGGGAGAGAGUCUUCUCAGUUGCUGUCCUUUUUUUUUCUACUGUCACCUUAGUAGUCCUAGGUCAGGUCACCUCGGGAGGACUGCAGAGUUUUUUCUGGCCUGUUUUCCUAUGUAUCUUUGUGGAACAAAAACUUUCUCAAAACUGGAUUCAUCUCUCUUCAAAUAAAUUAUGUUACAUAUCCCAUAAGACUUUGCAUUACAUUUCCGAAAAAAAUUUCUUCACGCAAUUAGCAUUUAAUGACACCCAAUGCUACAUCUUUCAAAACAUACCCUUUACAUUUUACUCUGGACUGCAUUACAACUGUUAGGCUCUAUACUUAUGAAAACUGUGCGGCUUGCCCAUGUUGACCCUCUCUGGUGUGUGUCCCGUCUAUUUCCGCCUCCUACAUCUCAUAAUACACCACGCGAUGUUAAAAGGACUUUUUGCCCCAACAAGGCUUUCAUUGCUAGCAGAUUUAUUUUCCAGUUGUGAGCAUGGUUUAUCUUCGAGUACCUUUAUCUAAUAAUAGUGGUGGUCAUUAUGGCAAAGAGAAAACUGAUUGGUGGAAGUCACAAUGGCAAGGUGAAAGCUGAUUGGCUGGAAACACUCUGCCUCUUUCCUAACUCCUACCUCUCUCUCCAAGACAGUUUCAACACUCAAACCAUGUCAAAUACUGAGAAAGGAUAUACCUACACCAGUCUAACACAGGCAGAAUAUAGAGAAAGGGUAUACUUACACCCGCCUAACACAGACAGAAUAAACCACAAUGGCAUCAAGUGACAACAACAACAACAGCGAUUACUACACACUCCUCGGCGUGAGCCGCGGCGCCACGCCCGAGGAAAUCAGGAAAGCGUACCGGCGGCUCGCCCUCCUCCACCACCCGGACAAGAACCCGGCCAGCGUGCGGGAGGCGACGGUCAAGUUCCAGCGUAUCCAGGCCGCCGUGGAGACGCUCUGCGACCCCAAGAAGAAAAACGCGUACGACAGAGAGUGCCGCCAGCGAGAGAAUAAGAGGAAGAGGGACGACAGCUGCAGGGAGAGGGAGCACAAAAGAAGGAGGGAAGAAGGGCAGCACGAACACAGCCAUCACAGAGAACGAGGGAACGACAAGAGGAGAAGGAAGCAGGAAGAGGAGAGGCGCAAGAGGUAUCAGAAGAGGCGGCGACGGCAAGGAAGAGUCUACAGUUCUGAUGAAGACGAGGAAGAAGAUUUACAAGACGACGUUCAUGAGGAAGAGAGCAGCGAGCACAGCGAAUGCACGGAAGAGAGUUCUGACGAAGAAGAGGAACGUGUGUAUGGGGCGUACGAACACGACCCAGAUUACGAGACGGAGACGGAUGAAGACUCCGCUUCCUGCAGCGACUACGAGUGCGAGGAAUCGUCAGAGCUGGAGACUCCGUCCGAGGAAGAGUCUGAGCCAGAGUCUUCCCACGAGCAGGACUCCGAAUACGAAUCCGAGUACGAGGCGACGAGCAAGUCAUACAUGGGGGACGAGAGGGACGCCUCCUCCGAGCACGACGAGGAGGAAGAGCAGGAAGAGGCGGAACAUGAGAAAGAACAGUCUGAAAGCGAAGAGACUAAUGAAGAAGAGCGGCACCAACACAGGCAUGGAAAGAGAAAGAUACAGGAGGAGGAUAAAGAAUUUAGGCAACUUGAAAAGAAAAUGAAAGAAGAGAGAGAAGACUCCGAACACGAAGAAGGUAAUGAAGAAGCGCAGCACGAAGAGAGUCAUGAUAAAAGAAAGAGAGAGAAAGAAGAUGAUGGGGAAGAAUUUACACAACGUGGAAAGAAAAUGAGAGGAGACAUAGAAGAAUCCGAUGACGAAGAAAAUUAUGAAGAAGGGUCGCACGAGGAAAGGCAUGACAAAAGAAAGAGAGAGGAAGAAGAGGAAAAAGAGUUUACACAACGUGGAAAAAAAUGAAAUGAUGUGGACAAGAUUCGGAAGACGAAAAAAAGGGAAGAAGAAUCGGAACACGAUGACAAUGACGAAAACUAUGAACACAAAGAACAGGAGGACGACUACGAAGACGAAAAGGAGAAUGAAGAGUCUGAAGACGAGGAGGAAGAAGAAAUAUCCGAAAAAGAAGAUUUCGAAUACGAAGAAGAGGAGAAAGACUCUGAAUACGAAGAGGAGGAGGAAACAACGAGCGAAAAUGGCAGGUGAGAAGAGGAGGAAGAGGAGGCGUCAGACGCUGAGGUGGAGGCGACAUCAGAGUGUGAGAGAGAAGAACAAGAAGAGGAUGGGCGUGAGAGGAAGCAGAAACGAAAGCGGAGCAAAGAGGAGGAAGGGGCUGGAGCCAGUAAAAAGAGCAGGCGAGGCUGAGCACGAGAGCAACAAAGGCGAAUAGGAGCCAAGAGCGACGCGUCCUCCAAAGACUAGGAUAAACAACAGAGGAAGUCGAGAGUGACAAGAGACGAAGAAGAAGAGGAAGACAGACAUCCCUCGAAGAGCAGAAGGAUAAGAUGUAUGCAGAAAGUGAUAAUUACCCAGAAGUAGGGAAGGAAGAGAUGAAUGAAAAGUGAAAAAGGGAAAAGAGAAGUGAUAUCCAUCGAAAAAGAGGAGCAAGAAAUGGAUGCAGAGAGAGAUAUCCUACGAAGAAGAGGAGGAUGAGAAGGAUGCAGAGAGUGAUAUUCAUUCCAAGAAGUUAUAUGCUCCGAAAAAGAGGAGAAAGAGAAAGAUGCAGAAAGUGGUAUCCUCCGAUAAAGAGAUAGGAGAGAAGGAUGCAGAGAAUGAUAUUCCCCAAAAAAGAGAAGAAGAAGGAAUGAUAGUGAUAUCCCUCGAAGAAGAGGAGGAAGAGAAGGAUGCAGAGUGAGGAAAAAGAAGAAGAAAACGAUGCAGAGAGUGAUAUCCUUAGAAGAAGAAGAAAAAAAAGAAUGCAUAUUGAAGAAGAGGAAGAGAAGGAUGCAGACUAAAGAAGAAGAGGAAGAGAAGGAUGCAGAGUGAUAUCUUCCGAAAAAGAGGAGGAAGAGAAGGAUGCAACGAAUGAUAUUCCUUGAAGAAGAAUAGAAGAAAAAGGAUGGAGAGAGUGAUAUCCCUCGAAGAAGAGGAGGAAGGGAAGGAUGCAGAGAACGAUAUCCCUCGAAGAGGAGGAGGAAGAGAAGGAUGCAGAGUGAUAUCCCUCGAAGAAGAGGAGGAAGAGAAGGAUGCAGAGUGAUAUCCCUUGGAGAAGAGGAGGAAGAGAAGAAUGCAGAGUGAUAUCCCUUGGAGAAGAGGAGGAAGAGAAGAAUGCAGAAUGUCCCUCGAAGAAGAGAGGAGGAAAAGAAGGAUGCAGAGAGCGAUAUCUCUCGAAGAGGAGGAGGAAGAGAAGGAUACAGAGAGUGAUAUUCCUGGAAGAGGAGGAAGAGAAGGAUGCAGAGAGUGAUAUCCCUCGAAGAAGAGGAGGAAGAGAAGGAUGCAGAGAAUGAUAUCCCUCGAAGAAGAGGAGGAAGAGAAGGAUGCAGAGAGUGAUAUCUCUCGAAGAAGAGGAGGAAGAGAAGGAUACAGAGAGUGAUAUUCCUCGAAGAAGAGGAGGAAGAGAAGGAUGCAGAGAGCGAUAUCCCUCGAAGAAGAGGAGGAAGAGAAGGAUGCAGAGAGUGAUAUCGCUCGAAGAAGAGGAAGAGAAGGAUGCAGAGAGUGAUAUCCCUCGAAGAAGAGGAGGAAGAGAAGGAUGCAAAGAAUGAUAUUCCCCGAAGAAGAGGAGAAGGAUGCAGAGAGUGGUAUCUUCCGAAAAAAAAAAAGGAGGAAGAGAUGGAUGCAGAUGAUACUCCCAGAAUAAGAGGUAGAAGAAAAGGACGCAUAGUGAAGAAGAAGAGGAAGAGAAAGAUGUACAGAGUGAUAUCCUUCGAAAAAAUAAGAGGAAGAUAAGAUGCAGAGUAACACUUAAUCUGGACAUGAAUAGCAGAAGGAGUCUGAAAGAGAAAAGAAUGAUAAAGAAAUGCGACACGAGAAGGGGCACGACAAAAGAGAGAGACAGGAGGAGGAUGGAGAAGGGUUUAGACAACGUCAACAGUAAAUGAGAGAAAACAGAGAUUGGAAAGACAUAGAGUCGUAAGAAAAAAAGAAGAACAAAGAGUAAAAAGACUAAAAGAGGGACGAACUUCAUGCCUAAGGACUCAAAAGAAACUCUCUGUCUACAGAAAAAUAAAUUACUAUUAACUCAAACCAGUAUUUAAUGAAAUGGACAGGACUCACUCACGUACCAACGCAGAUAUUAAUGCUCAUUGUAAAUUUUUUUUAUGGAUAGAUACUUAAGAGCAGUGCAAGAGUGCGUACCUAUGAAAAAUCGUCGUCCCACUCAAAACGUUAAGCCUAAGUAGUGGAACACUCAGACAGCUGAAUGCUUGCGCGCCAAGAGGGAUGCCCAUAACAAAUUAAAAUCCUUCAGUAAUAACGAGGAACGCAGUAGAUUCCUUGAGUUAAGACGUAAAGCAAAGAGGUUAAUCAACCACACCAAAAGGUUCACCGAGUUGCAUGUUGUGAACCAGAGUUAAACGAAACCAUAGUAAUUUUAUGACUUCAUCAGGCAAAAGAGAGUGAUUACUUCAACUAUUGGACCCAUAACUGACGAUAAUGUAGAUUACACCAAUGACGAGGAGCAAAUUAGUAACAUUCUAAACACUUUGAUUGCCUCAGCAUUUACAAUAGAAGACCUCAGUGACAUUUUUAGGGUGCCAACAAUUCAAAAUAAUACCAACGACGUCCUAAGUAGCAUCAGUAUGACAAAGUGACUUAUCAAAAUGUAUCGAUAAAACUUAAAGUAAGAACGUCACCCGCGCCUGACACGAUCUCACCCUCCAUCUUAAAAGAAGCGAAAUCCGAAUUGGUCAAACCACUGAUCAUUUUGCCCGAUAAAUCCCUCCAGUCCGGUACAGUGCCAAACGAGUGAAAGGUUGCUAAUGUAACUUCGAUUUUCAAAAAGAUUAUAAUUACCGGCCAUUUACCUUAAUUCAGUCGUAAGGUAAAUGCUUGAAACACUAAUAAGAGAUACACUCGUUAAUCACUAAGGAGUAAACAACUUACUUAAAAAUACUCAACACGGCUUCCGCAGCAAAUGCUCUUGUUUGACGAACCUCUUAGAUUUCUCCUGACAUUGUGAACCAGUAUGAAGAGAGUAAAGCGGUUCAUAUAAUAUAUCUUGAUUUUCAAAACGCCUUCGACAAAGUCUCCCAAAAACGUUUACUGACUAAACUAAAAUCACACGGUGUCCAAGGCGACGUGUUGAGAUGGGUUGAAAACUGGCUGAAAAACCGUAAAGAUAAGAGUAGUAAUAAAUGGAAAACCAUGCAAGUGGACUAACGUAACCAGCGGGGUGGGACAGGGAUCAGUGUAAGGACUUGUUCUCUUCCUUGUUUAUAUAAACGACAUAGAUGAGGGUGUUACCAGUAUAAUAUCGAAGUUUCCUGAUGACACCAAAAUAGGGAAAUGCGUAGUCUCUAAUGAACAAGUAAUAAAAGUGCAAAAAACAUCUAGAAAAAUAGCCAGAGUGGAUAUAAACCUGCCAAAUAAGUUUUUAAUGCGGAUACGCGCAAAGUGCUUGAAAAGAGUAUAGCAACGAGAAACCAAUUAAUCAAUAUAUUUUAUAUAAUACGCAGCUUAAAAGCCUUGACAAAAACUGAUUUAGGAGGAACAAUAUCGAGUAGCUUAAAACAUAGCCAACAAUGUUUAGAAGUCGUAAAGAAAGUGAAUAAAAUAAUUGGGUUAAUCGUUGGAUCUUUUUAAUAUAAAUCUAAGAAUAUAAUCCUCACUUUGUAUAACUCUUUAGUCAGUCCCCUUUUAGAAUAUUGCCUACAGGCAUGGUGCCCUUAUUGGAAAAAAAAAAAAAACACUGGAAAAUUAAAACGAGUUUAGCGUAACAAAAUUACACAAAGCCUAGGAAUGAAUUCAUACAAAGAGCGUCUUAAAGAACUAAAUCUAUUCCCUUUGACACAAACAAGGCUAAGAGGCGACUUAAUACAGGUGUUUAAAACAGUCAAAGGAAUUGAUAACGUGGACUGCAGUAAAUAUUUCACGAUAAACUCUUUAAAUUACACGCGAGGAAAUAGUUACAUAAUUGUUGGGAAAUCCUUCAUGUCCCAUGAAUAAAAUUUUUUUUUUUUUUUCACUGAGUAGUAAAUCUAUGGAAUAAGGUUCCUCAAGACGUGAUACACUUCAAUGCCGUAGAGAAUUUUAAGCGCCAUCUUAUGAAAUAAUUUGCCUGUAAUCCGCGGCUUACAUGGUUUAUUUGUUAGUAAUUAAUUUCCUUGCCUUCAGGAAAUGUAGGCACCUCAUUUCAUCUAUUUUCUUUCUUUCCUAUAAAAUUUACUUCGGGUUUUUUCUUUUCUAACACCAAAAGGUAUUUCUUUCCGACAUGUUUUCCUGUGUUGCUUAUGCCAGACGGAGUGGAGGGUGUGGUGAGUGCCUUCUGUUUUGCUGUCCUUUCUUCUACAAUCACAUUAGUAGCCCUAGGUCAGGUCACGUCGUUAAGGACCGCAAGGUAUAUUGUGCCUGUUUUUCUAUGUAACUAUGUAACAAAAAGUUCCUUAAAAUUGGAUUCAUAUCCCUUCAAAUAAAUUAUGUUAAAUACAUAAAUUAUGUUAAACACUUCGCAUUACUUUUACGAAUGGAAUUUGUUCACACAAUUAGUAUUCAAUGAGAAAGCACAUCCUACAAGUACCCAAUGCUACCUCUGUCAAUACAUAACCUUUACAUUUUACUCUGUACUGUUAGGCUCUAAAUUUGCGAAAACUUUGCAGCUUGACCAUCUUGACCCUCUCUGGUCUGUGUCCCGUCUAUUGCCGUCUCCUACGCCUCAUCAUAAACCACGUGAUGUUAAAAUGACUUUUUGCCCCAACAAGGCUUUCAUUGCUAGCAGAUUUAUUUUCCAAUACUUCCAUCAAACGCUUUGUUUUCCAAUAAGUUUGAGCAAGGUUUAUCUUCGAGUACCUUCAUCUAAUAAUGGUGGUGGUCAUUAUGGCAAAGAGAACGCUGAUUGGAGGGAAUCACAAUGGCAAGAUGAAUGCUGAUUGGCUGGAAACACUCUCCCUCUUUCCUAACUCCUACCUCUCUCUCCAAGACAGUUUCAACACUCAAACCAUGUCAGGUACUGAGAAAGGGUAUACCUACACCCGCCUAACACAGGCAGAAUAUAGAGAAAGGGUAUACUUACACACGCCUAACACAGACAAAAUAAACCACAAUGGCAUCAAGUGACAACAACAACAAUAAUAGCGAUUACUACACACUCCUCGGCGUGAGCCGCGGCGCCACGCACGAGGAAAUCAGGAAAGUGUACCGGCGGCUUGCCCUCCUCCACCACCCGGACAAGAACCCGGCCAGCGUGCGGGAGGCGACGGUCAAGUUCCAGCGUAUCCAGGCCGCCGUGGAGACGCUCUGCGAACCCAAGAAGAAAAACGCGUACGACAGAGAGUGCCGCCAGCGAGAGAAUAAGAGGAAGAGGGACGACAGCUGCAGGGAGAGGGAGCACAAGAGAAGGAGGGAAGAAGGGCAGCACGAACACAGCCAUUACAGAGAACGAGGGAACGACAAGAGGAGAAGGAAGCAGGAAGAGGAGAGGCGCAAGAGGUAUCAGAAGAGGCGGCGACGGCAAGCAAGAGUCUACAGUUCUGAUGAGGACGAGGAAGAAGAUUUACAAGACGACGUUCAUGAGGAAGAGAGCAGCGAGCACAGCGAAUGCACGGAAGAGAGUUCUGACGAAGAAGA